AUUCUCCUGCAGCUAUAUUCCAAACUUGGAGAUCAUGGAAUCUAUAAUUGGGUUUGAAAAUAACAUUUGGGGUUUCAUAUACAUUCAUAUUGUGCCUCAUUCUGUAAAGCAGCAGAAAACAAUUCACAGCAUAUUAUGAGAAGACGCAUGGUAAAACCCCUACUAAGUAUCCUUCUGCAGCUAUAUUCCAAACUUGGAGAUCAUGGAAUCUUAUAAUUGGGUUUGAAAAUUACAUUUGGGGUUUCAUAUACAAUCAUAUUGCGCCUCAAAUCUGUAAAGCAAUGAAAGCAUGCUUUUCUUGUCAGAGAAAGGGAAUAAGGAAUCUAUUAGCUGCAUUCAUAGUUCUAUUAUAAUAUCCAUUGUGCUCUAUAAAUCUCAUUGUUGAAGCUUACGCAUAAAUGUCAUCAAGUAUGCAUUGAAUUCCUUGAGUUUGUGAGCACACAAGUUGAGCGUUGAAUUGCAGUAUUUAUGCUACAGCAAAUAGGUUACGGUGAAGCUACUGGGUGGCACACACAGGUGAGUCUACUGGGUUUCUAUCUUUUGUAAGGGUUGAAUUGAUUUCUUUUGCAAUUUUCGACUUUGGAUAAAGGAUCAGGGUGAUUAGCUUUGUAAUUGCGUAUUUACAUUUUAGAAGGUUUGGAGAGUUUUUCCUGACGCUAAACAAUCAAAGAUUAUACUACUUGAGGUGAAAUUCUUCUACUUAGGUGUGACUAGUCUGUAUCCUGUAGUUUGUACUUUGUUCCACAACCAUCAUAGCAAGUUCAAAGAUUUCUCAACAUAGGGUAUUGAUGAGCCCAAACAAGCUUGGACUAUUGUUUUAGUCAUAAACUUCACCAGCUUUAAAUUCGGAGGAGGCUUUUCCUCAAGAAACCUGCAAACAGUAAUUAUAGAAUUAGGACAGCAUGUAUCCCCAAGGAGGUUUCAGGAAUCCCUACUCAAUACAUGGGAUUGGAGAUAGAAGCCAGACUGGUAGGCAACCAUCUCGGACUAGUAUUCCCAUAUCUCAGCCUGAGCCUCAACCUCGACCUCAAAGUCAGCAGCAACAAGUUCCCAAGCCUGAGGCCAAGAAGGAAGAACCUCCAAAACCCACCCAGCCUGCUAGACAAUUCUCAAAACCUGAACCCCAAGUGCCCAAGCAAUAUCAGCAAAAGGAUUCUACUACAGAGCCUAAAAGAGAGUCACCCAUACCUCCUCCUGCUACAGCCACUGUCAAACAGCCCCCUCCUCCUCCUCCUGCUACAGAUGCUGUCAAACAGCCCCCUCCCCCUCCUCCUCAGGCAGUGAACUUGUCUCUCUCAGAGAGCAAAAAAGCUGAGGAGUUGAGCAUAGUUCCUGUAGAUCAAGGUAAGGCCAUUGUGAAGGGAUCAAACCCCGAACCAGAAAAAUCUCUUCAACAAGGCAUAAAGGAAGACAUAACCAGUCUAACUUGCAGGCUGGCAGAGCUCCAUGCACAGCAUAAGCUCCUCAAUGCAGACCAGAAGCAGAAAGGGCAAGCUGAGAUGGGUGUUGGUGUGAUCACUCUGGCAGGAGAAAACAGGGGAGCCACCAUGGAUUUAGGUCCUGAUUCCAGAAGAAUUGAUAGCUUUGGCUUUCAAGGGCAAGGACAAAAGGUGGGUCAGGAUGAAAAGAAUGAGGAGAAGCAGGAUGCAAAAAGCAAAGGAAAUCGUCACUCUUCCAAGGCAAGCCCUGUGCAUGCUUUUGUUAAUAGCAAUGUGCAGGCUGCUAACAAUUCCAUUCUGUAUAACAGCACUUGUCCUCACAGAGACCCUGGUGUUCGUUUGUCUCUUUCCAACAAUCCUGCCCAUGCCAAAGAAAUUAAAUCAAAGGAAUCUCAUCCAAAAGCUACCAAGAAUCCUGCUGCAUGAAGAAGUUCAUUUUAGUGUGGAUUUGAUGAUAGAACCUAGAAUCAUCUGAUACUGUCUGCCCAGAACCAACUAAUAUUGUAUGCAAGAUUACUCUAGAAUGGGUAAUAAUUAAGUGAAAUUGUUUACAGUAGUGCUGUGAGUGUAAAGGGACAUCAUAUUAGUGAAAGUCAAUCCACAUAUCGUCUCUGAUGUUGUUUUAUUGUUGCUAUUCUGUGAGCUCAUGUGAAGUAGAAUUUCCAUUGAAAUAAAAUUUGCACCGAUGUGAUCAUUGUUAAUCUUUUA